AUGGUCCUCUUCUGGUCUCUUCCUUUUGUGGGAAUGAAGUUUUUGGAGAUCUGCCCCACACAGCCCCACAUUUCUCUUCUGCUAGUGGGUGUGAUCAUCGGGGCCUUAAAGGUGUCUCUCCUGCUGUAUGACUUCACCAGGAAGCAGCUUAUGGCCAAGACUGUGGUGGUUGAGAAUGAUUAUGAAUAUCUCUGGAGGCAAAACUCACAUAAAUAUUACAUUCGCCUCUUCCUCUUCCCCUGGUUAACUCUGGGGAAUUACUGGGUCUUUUCUGAUUAUGUGCUUGGUUGUAUUCCCUCUUUCCAACAGCCUGUACCCCUUUGUGGUAGGGGACCUCAAGCUAACUGCGUGGUCUUGUCCUGCGCAGCGGUUUUUCUGUGUGUGGUCCCGGUGGAGAUGAACCUGCGAUGA